AUCAUCACCCAUCACCCAUCACCCAUCAUCACACAUCACCCAUCAUCACCCAUCAUCACCCAUCACCCAUCAUCACCCAUCACCCAUCACCCAUCACCCAUCACCCAUCACCCAUCACCCAUCACCCAUCAUCACCCAUCACCCAUCAUCACCCAUCAUCACCCAUCAUCACCCAUCUUCACCCAUCAUCCCCCUUCAUCACCCAUCUUAACCCAUCAUUCCCCAUCAUCACCCAUCACCCAUCAUCACCCACCACCCAUCAUCACCCACCACCCAUCAUCACCCAUCAUCACCCAUCCCCCAUCAUCACCCAGCAUCACCCAUCAUCCCCCAUCAACCAUCAUCACCCAUCACCCAUCAUCACCCACCACCCAUCAUCACCCACCACCCAUCAUCACCCAUCCCCCAUCAUCACCCAGCAUCACCCAUCAUCCCCCAUCACCCAUCAUCACCCAUCACCCAUCAUCACCCAUCAUCACCCAUCACCCAUCACCCAUCACCCAUCACCCAUCACCCAUCAUCACGCAUCACCCAUCAUCACCCAUCACCCAUCACCCAUCAUCAACCAUCAUCACCCAUCACCCAUCAUCACCCAUCACCCAUCAUCACCCAUCAUCACCCAUCAACCAUCAUCACCCAUCAUCACCCAUCAACCAUCAUCACCCAUCACCCAUCAUCACCCAUCACCCAUCAUCUCCCAUCAUCAUCCAUCACCCAUCAUCAACCAUCAUCAACCAUCAUCACCCAUCAUCACCCAUCAUCCCCCAUCAUCACCCAUCAUCAUCCAUCAUCACCCAUCAUCAACCAUCAUCAACCAUCAUCACCCAUCACCCAUCAUCACCCAUCAUCACCCAUCACCCAUCACCCAUCACCCAUCAUCACGCAUCACCCAUCAUCACCCAUCACCCAUCACCCAUCAUCACAUAUCACCCAUCAUCACCCAUCAUCACCCAUCACCCAUCAUCAUCACCCAUCAUCACCCAUCAACCAUCAUCACCCAUCAUCACCCAUCAACCAUCAUCACCCAUCACCCAUCAUCACGCAUCACCCAUCACCCAUCAUCACUCAUCAUCACCCAUCACCCAUCACCCAUCAUCACCCAUCAUCACCCAUCAUCACCCAUCAUCACCCAUCACCACCCAUCAUCACCCAUCAUCACCCAUCAUCACCCAUCAUCACCCAUCAUCACCCAUCAUCAACCAUCAUCAACCAUCACCCAUCACCCAUCAUCAACCAUCAUCAACCAUCAUCACCCAUCACCCAUCAUCACCCAUCACCCAUCACCCAUCAUCACCCAUCACACAUCACCCAUCAUCACCCAUCACCCAUCACCCAUCAUCACCCAUCACCCAUCAUCGCACAUCACCCAUCACCCAUCACCCAUCAUCACCCAUCACCCAUCAUCACCCAUCACCCAUCAUCACCCAUCACCCAUCAUCACCCAUCACCCAUCAUCACCCAUCACCAUCACCCAUCAUCACCCAUCACCCAUCACCCAUCAUCACCCUUCACCCAUCAUCCAUCAUCACCCAUCACCCAUCAUCACCCAUCACCCAUCACCCAUCACCCAUCAUCACCCAUCAUCACCCAUCAUCACCCAUCACCCAUCAUCACCCAUCACCAAUCACCCAUCAACACCCAUCAUCACCCAUCACCCAUCUUCACCCAUCAUGACCCAUCAUCAGCCAGCACCCAUCAUCAGCCAUAACCCAUCAUCCCCCAUCAUCACCCAUCACCCAUCAUCACCCAUCACCCAUCAUCACCCAUCACCCAUCAUCACCCAUCAUCACCCAUCAUCACCCAUCAUCCAUCAUCAACCAUCAUCAACCAUCAUCACCCAUCAUCACCCAUCACCCAUCAUCACCCAUCACCCAUCAUCACCCAUCACCCAUCACCCAUCACCCAUCAUCACCCAUCACCCAUCAUCACCCAUCAUCACCCAUCACCCAUCACCCAUCACCCAUCAUCACCCAUCACCCGUCACCCAUCAUCCCCCAUCAUCACCCAUCAUCACCCAUCAUCCACCCAUCACCAAUCAUCACCCAUCAUCACCCAUCAUCACCCAUCACCCAUCACCCAUCAUCACCCAUCACCCAUCAUCACCCAUCACCCAUCAUCACCCAUCAUACAUCCACGCCCAACCAAACAGCCACGACCAAAAGAUCUGAUCACAUGCGUUGAUUCCCACUCUGCCUGCUGCCUUGGGAUGUCGGAGGCAGCCGACGCGCGCUGUGUGUAUCGAUGCCCUCCUGGUGCUUACCCACUCUGCUCCACCCCUUGCUCAGAACUAAAUUGCAGGGUCAUCG